AUGUCGUUACAUUUUAAGACGCCUACCUCUAGCAAUACAUUGUCAAAGUCAAUAGCAUCAACAACAAUACGAACAUUAAAUGGUUUUAGCACUGCCAAACUACAGCAACAUUCAAGCCAACAUCCACAGCAACAACAACAACAAACCCAGCAAAAUGAAGAUUUAUAUGCAGCCUAUAUUACAGAAAAUGCUCAGGCGGCUACAGCCACCUUAGCAGAGUCCACAAAAUUUCCCUCAACAUUAAUAACAUCACCUGCAAUACAUAAUAUUUUAACAAAUGCUGCCAAUGAAGCUUCAUCAUCUUCAUUAUUAUUAACAGCAACAACUUCAACCACGUCAGUCACCACCACUACAACAGCAGCCGCAGCAAAUGCAUCAUUAUCCUUAACAACAUCUUUGUCAUUUCUGCCACCAGCAUCAUCAUCUACAACUUUGCCCUCUUCUUCAAAUGUUUUCAACGAUUCCCUUAAAACAGUUACAUCCGCUUUGACAACAUCCUUAUUCAAUGACACUGAUGCUGUUGUUGCUGCUGCAGCUGUCGACGACAAUACCGCCAAUGCCUUAGAUCAUUUUGUCUUUGCCUCCUCAACUCCCUAUAGUAGUUAUUUAAUACCAAAUUCCACCAGCAGCCAUAGUGCAUUCGCUUUCAAUUCAACUCACAAUGAUGACAGCAUCUACGGCCACAACUACAACAGCUCUUUGUCAUCGCUAACAACUGCUAGUGCUGAGCAGGAGGAUGACAAUUGGAUGGCUUUGUCUGUCAUCAUUUUGAAAGGCUUCAUAUUUUUCUCAAUUAUUUUAGCUGCCGUCCUUGGCAAUGCUUUGGUUAUAAUAUCGGUACAGCGUAAUCGCAAAUUACGCGUUAUAACAAAUUAUUUUGUUGUAUCAUUGGCCAUGGCAGAUAUGUUGGUUGCACUUUGUGCGAUGACAUUUAAUGCGUCGGUAGAGCUGUCCGGUGGCAAAUGGAUGUUCGGACCGUUCAUGUGUAAUGUUUACAAUAGUCUGGAUGUUUAUUUUUCCACAGCGAGCAUUUUGCAUUUAUGUUGUAUCUCAGUGGACAGAUAUUAUGCUAUAGUACGUCCUUUGGAGUAUCCUUUGAAUAUGACUCACAAGACAGUGUGUUUUAUGUUGGCCAACGUUUGGAUACUGCCAGCGCUCAUCUCGUUUACACCCAUCUUUUUGGGUUGGUAUACAACUGCCGAACAUUUAGAGGAGAUUAGCCUGCAUCCCGAUCAAUGUUCCUUUGUGGUUAAUAAGGCCUAUGCACUCAUCUCGAGUUCCGUUAGUUUUUGGAUACCGGGCAUAGUGAUGUUGGUCAUGUAUUUUAGAAUUUAUAAGGAAGCGGUAAGGCAGCGUAAGGCCUUGAGUCGUACUAGUUCAAAUAUUUUACUAAAUAGUGUACAUAUGGGUCAUACCCAGCAGCCAACAAAUUUAAAUUAUCUACAUCCCAGUGACUGUGAAUUCACCCUAACGAGAGAAGAGACUCAUAGUGCGAUCAGUAAUCUUGAGGAUAUUUUACCACAAACAGAUGAUGAUGACAAAGAUGAGUGCGAUGAGUUGCGUGUUCCUUCACCACCACCCCGUAGACUGAGUCGGAGUAGUAUUGAUUUACGUGACCUCGAACAGGAACGCUAUGAAAAGGUUACACACACAGAUAGUGCACCCUCAAUGAUAGCCUUACAUUAUGCCACACAGCAGCAGUUGCAAGUGCCAUGCAACAAAGAUGCAACAGCGUUUAAUCAACAGCAGCAGCAGCAACAAAUUUGGCAGGAUACGGGUAGUAUUUCACCGCCAAUAUUAAAUAAACAGGGUAAUCAGCCACAAAAACAAUUUAGUGCUAGUAAAAAUGGUUGUGAUUCAGAACAAUACCAAAUAUUUGGUGGCAAUAAUAGUGAUGAUAGUGAAACCAACGAUUAUUACGAUAGUAUCAAUAUAAUGAAGCAAGCACCCGCCACUUACCUGCCCAUAGCCGAGGACAACAAAGAGCUUAAACGUCUCAUAGAAGACAACUAUUUGUAUUAUAAAAAACAAACGGCUGGCGGAGACACAAAUGUUGAGGGUGACAUGUAUAGCAGAGAAAAAACAGGUGGUAGGUAUCCCGCUUUAAGUGAGACUGAUUUUAUACGCAUGAAAAAUGGCGAAAACCGUUUUCGCAGCAGUAAAGAAUCAAAUAAGAAGGCAUUUGCUCUCAGUGAUUCAGAAUUUAUGAAGAGUUUUAAUGAGGGCAAGAGCAAAAAGAAACAAUUGGAGGCGUUAAAAGAAGGAGGUUUUAACUUAAAGUCUUUAUUGGCCAAGACCAAACGUUCUAGUGCAGAGUGUUUUUCCCUGGAAAAGAAAAGACAUCAGGCCAAUUCUGAGGAAAUACAAUCCAGUCGAGCUCAGCUCUUCAAGCGUUCCCGCAAUCGUAAACUCUCACACAGUUACAAUGGCGGCCUAAGGGAAAGACAAAAAAGUGAAAUACGUUCACGCCAACACAGUGAUACCGAUUCAGAUGUUUAUUUACCCCGUCUGUUUAGCGAAAGCCAAGAUUCCUCCAGUCGUUAUAAUACCCCCGAUAUUCUACUAGACAUCAACAUACUAAAUGAACAAUCCGAAGAUGCCAGAAGAGAAGAAGAUGAACAAAUGAUGACCAUGAUAUCGCCACAACAUAAAAACACCUAUAUACAACUAAUAGACUUAGGAGCCAACACUAUACAAGAAGUAGGUCAACAAGAUGAUUUAUCCUUUCUCAAGGAUAUAACACAAGAUUCACCCAAAAUACCCAAUACUCCACCACCCUCUUUGUCGCCCACUUCACUGAUAGACUCCUCAAUACCAGAGCAAUUGAAAACGGAGGCUUUAAAUUCCAUCAAUGAAAAAUCAAAUGUUUCUGUCAAAUCCAGCUCUGAAUUGGCCGAACUGUUUCGUUCUUUAAGCUUUCCAAUCAUUAAAAAAGAGUCUAUAAAACAACGCAUGAGCACGCUGAGCGAUCAGGUUUUAGUCAAUAAAAAUAGUUCAAAUUUUUUAAUGUCUCCUCCCAUGACACCGAACUUCAACUCAGUCAUACAGCUGCCCACAAGCAAGUCACCAAAUUUAAUAUUAACCGGUAAUAGUAGCAGUUUUGGGGGAGGUGGUGCGGGGACUCCCAGCAAUAGCAUAAAUGUUUACUUUCUAUCACCGCCACCAACAGCAACGGCACCCGUAUUUCCUCUUAACUCGCCCAGCAAUCAGUUUUUCGUCAGCGAUACUUCCACCGUAUCAUUGGAUGUGUUUGCCACACUGGCCUUGUCCCCACAAACCCAACAAAUAGCCAACACAACUGGAACACAGCCAACACCGCCAUCAACACUGCAACCUACCUCACAGCUAACAAAUAUUUCACCGAAACCGGAAAUUAUUUUAGAUUCCACUCUCUCACCGACCUCAAUGCGUAGCGGCUGUGGCGGCGGCAGUGGUGGCUCUUUAGCGGGAGAGGAGAAAGACUUAACAUCACCGUUAUUUAAACGGCACGACAGCGAAGCAGAAUCUGCAAUUAACAACACCCAACGCAGUGGCAAACGCAGUUCACUGCUAACCGGCUACGAAGGCAUCCAAACAGUGAGAAAACGUCAGGCUUCUGUUGUAACGUAUGACGUUAAUGUCAUUAAUUUUUCACAAGACAACAGUGAUAGUCGCAGCUACAUACCCAUGGGACGAGUAUCGACAAGUUCAGCCAAAUAUGAAGCAGAUUAUUGUAGUAAAUCGUCCCUUAAACGACGUGGUGGUAUUUGUAUAUUUGUGGAUGAGGAAGAAGUUGAGCAAAUGAUUGAUCCAACAAUGCCAACCGCCCAACAGCAUCAGCAACAUGGCACAAAAAGUAUAACUUUUAAUGUCAAUUCAUCGUUUAAGCGUAAAUCGAGAGGUGGUAACAAAUCAAACAAGUGUCUUUAUUGUGGUUCAGAUCUAAAAGCACAACAACAGCAACAACAAACCUCCUUAAAAACGGAAAACUAUAGCAAACAUAGAGAUAAUAAUAACAGGCAUGACAUCAAGCAAAUGCGUAAGACGCGUAAUUUAAGUUUAUGGCAUAGGACACGUUAUUGGUAUUACAUAAAUCGCAAACAACCACGAAAUGGAUGCCAAUGUGGGGCCAACGGUGAGUUCCUAAACAACAACACAAGUGGUUCAGUAAGACCAACAAAAGGCUGGAAAGCGGAACAUAAAGCAGCACGUACUUUGGGCAUUAUAAUGGGUGUAUUCCUAUUGUGUUGGUUGCCAUUUUUUCUAUGGUACGUGAUAACGUCACUAUGUGGUCCAGCAUGUCCUUGUCCGGAUGUUGUGGUAGCUGUACUAUUUUGGAUUGGUUAUUUUAAUUCAACACUCAAUCCACUCAUUUAUGCUUAUUUUAAUCGUGAUUUUCGAGAAGCAUUUCGCAAUACCUUAGAAUGUGUUUUACCCUGUUUGGAGAAACGUAAUCCCUAUAAUGCUUAUUAUGUGUAG